AUGCAGGUGCUGUUACAGCAGCAGCAGCAAGAGCAGCGAAUGCGGCAGCAACAGCUGCAGCAGCAGCAGCAACAGCAGCAACUGAGGCAACAACAAUUGCAGCAGCAACAACUGCAGCAGCAGCAACAGCAAUUUGAGCAGCAGCAACUGCAGCAGCAGUUUCUGCCCCACACGAGUGUGCUCCCAGCUGCUGCUAGUUCACAGCCACUAUAUGCGUGGGAGCCAGCAGCAAACUUAGCUGCUUCUAUUCCAGCAGCAGCAGCAGCAGCAGCAGCAGCAGCAGCAGCAGCAGCAGCAGACCCAGCUGCAGCUGCAGCAACAGCAGCAGAUGAAAAGCUACAAGAAAGCCGGAAGACCCAACGAGCAGCAGCUUGCGGCUGCCCCACUUCGGACACCCAGAAAGCCCCCAAGCAGCAGCAGCAGCAGCAGCAGCAGCAGCAGAAGCAGCAGCAGCAGCAGCAGCGGGACCUGCAGAAGCAUUUGAUGCUGCUGCUGCCAGCCCGCUGCUGCAGCAGGCGAAGCAGCAGCUGCAAGAAACCCCUUUUUUUGGUUUAG